AUGCGCUUCCGUGUUAUUACAUUUGUGGGCGUUAUUACAUUUGAGGGCGUUAUUACAUUUGUGGGUGCAACAUUCCCCCCUUCUUCCUCUUGCCCUCUCUCUCGAAAGAGCCAUUCAUCUGUAGAACGAGCAGCUUUGAUCGCUAGUCUUCGUAUCAGACAGCUAGCGACCGAUGACAAACAUUCCCUGAGAGGAGAUGUACUCAAGAAAGCAAUAGAGGAAGACAAGGCCAAAGGAAGAAUCCCUGUUUAUCUCUGUGCCACACUUGGAACAACCACAUCAUGUGCUUUCGAUAAUCUGAAGGAGCUGGGACCAAUAUGUAAAGAAGAAGGUCUGUGGUUCCAUAUUGAUGCAGCGUAUGCCGGAAGUGCAUUUAUAUGCCCUGAAUAUAGACAUCUAUUAAACGGUGUUGAACUCGCCGAUUCUUUCAACUUCAACCCUCACAAGUUUCUUCGUGUAACCUUCGACUGCUCGGCACUAUGGGUAAAAGAUAGGGCCGCGUUAGAGGGCGCCUUCCAUGUUAACCCAGCCUACCUCAAACACCAUCACCAAGACACUGUCAUAGAUUACAGGCAUUGGCAGAUUCCAUUAGGUCGCCGGUUCAGAUCUCUCAAGCUUUGGUUUGUUUUCAGACUGUUUGGGGUAGAAAAACUUCAAGAUUACAUUAGAAAGCACGUGUCUCUUGCGAAGGAAUUCGAAGCGCUCGUGGUCAGUGACAACCGAUUUGAAAUCGUUGCGGAGGUCGUUCUGGGUCUCGUCUGCUUCAGAUUAAAGGGCUCCGACAACUUGAAUAAGAUCUUACUGGAUCGGAUCAAUGCAGACGGCAAGAUACACAUGGUCGGUUCAGUGCUAAAAGGUCGUUACAUCCUCAGAAUGGCGGUGUGUGGAUCAGAGACCGCAUCAAGACACAUGAUUCAUGCAUGGGAUGUCAUUACAGAACUCACUACGAAACUCUUGGCUGAGGGGACUAAUGGAAAUGAUGAGCUUACGUCAACCAAAUGCGUGUCGCCGGCGCAGAAGACCAAUGGACACGCCCCGACUUCAGUAGAGUAACCUAUUUUUCAUAGAUCUCAGGAAAAAAAAAUCAAAGUCAUAAUCUAAUGUAUAUUUUUAUCUCUACUCUGCUUGGUCAAAAUGAUAGAUAUAAUCAUUCUCUUUUUUUCUGACCAGUCUUCUGAAAAAAAUUGACCUUCACCUAUUAUUAUGUAAUAAUUUAUUCAUUUGAAUAUUUUGUUAAAUCAUUUUUGUAUUUAUUGAACAAUCACCUUAUCCAGAAGCUGUAAAGUUCAUUCUACUUAUAAUAGAUAUUUCACCUGCAAUGUCGACUAAAUAGCGUUAUUAUGCAUGACAAAACAGCCCACGUUAUCUGCCAUGUCGACUAAAUAGCGUUAAUUAUUAUGACAUGACGAAAUAGCCUACGUUAUCUGCCACGUCGACUAAAUAGCGCUAUCAUGACAUGACGAAAUAGCCUACCUUAUCUGCCACAUUGACUCAUAAAAGUAUGCAUGUCGUCUUUGUGACUUAUAUCUCGCCAAUUUGACGAAAUUUAACUUUUUUAUAAGUCAACUCGACGAGAUAAUUUAUAUCACAAUGUCAACAUACAGCUUUUCAUAUUUGACUUGGCAAGAUACCCUAUUUCGUCAUGUCGACAUGACGACAAGGUUGCGUCAACAUAACAAAAUAAAAUAUCUCGCCAUUUGGUCAAGUCGAUGUUACUUUGAAGAUUCCCACUCGUCGGAACAAAAAAAAAACGAUGAGCUGUCACUCUGUGAAAAGUACAAAGUAUUUAUUUUUUUAAAGGGAGAAAUCUCAUCAUUCAUGCCUUACACACACACACACCCUCCCACACCUCACAGAUCCCCCCACACACACACACUUGUAUAUCGAGCACAUCAUGUGUUUAUGAUCAAAGUAUGUCACUACAUACCGAGGAAUAUAGGCAAUGGAGGAAUGUCAUACAUCAUCAUCGAAAAUGAUAAUUUUUAUGACAUUAUUCUACAACCGAGGACAUCUUUAGUUGUCAAUGGGAGACUCUUUAAAGGGGUACCCCAGGCUGAAAAUAAUUAUAUCAAAAUAAAUAGCGUGAACUUUAAUGAGCAAAAUGCUGAAAAUGUCAUCAAAUCUGAUAACAGAUAACAAAGUUGUCGAACUUUAAAGUUCAGAAAUAUUUUGUGAAAACAUUUAUGUGAACAUCGGCAUGAAUAUUCAUAAGAUGGGCUGAUGAAGUCAUGUCCCCACUUUCCCUUUUCUCACGUUAUUAUACUUGAAAUCACAAUUAUUUCAUAUUUCCUUACAUAUGUGUAUGAUAUGCCCCCCUUAUAAUGAAAUAGGUUGCAGCAAUGAUUAUCUAAUUCAUAAAGUCAGUUGUCAAUCCAUUUUUUUAAUUAUUGGAGGAUAAAUUUUGAAUCAACAUAAUUUCAUAUAAUAAAAUACAAAAGAACAAGUGGGGAUAUGACAUCAUCAAUUUGCUCAUUGAAUAUUCAUGAAGACAUGCAUAGAACUAUUUCACUGAAAUAAUGCAAAUCUUUAAACUACCAUAACGGUUAUUACUUAUCCGAUUUUUGAUCAAAUCAGUUUCAGUGUCUUGUUUGAUUGUUCUUUAUCUGUUUAAAUCAUUUUGUUCUCAGCAUGGAGUACCCCUUUAAAUGUAUACACCUAUUAUGAAAGAAUAUAUAAUUUUGGAUGUUUCCAAUGGGUCUUUGAACCGAGGACGUCAUCGCUGUGCUGUGUGUCCUAAAAAAAUCCGUGUUCGUUUUCCACCAUAAUUAUAGGAGUUUACGCUCAACGAUGUACUGAGGAUUCGAGAGCAUAUAUAGAUUUAUUGUCAAAUGCCCUCAUGACAAAUCUAACAACGAAGAAGUCUUUGUCAAAAAUUUGUGAAUCAAAACAGCAGUUUAUAUAUAGUCCUUGACUCUGGACAAACGACAUAAUUACAAUUUUUCGUCAGCUUUGAAACUCAAGACGGAUCUGCCAAUUUUCGAUAAAGACCUCUGACGGGCAUUUUUCGUCAUUCUUUUUUCCUUCGCUCAGCGAAAACUAAGUGAGAUCGAACACACACGCGCGCGCGCGCGCGCUUGUAUUUCAUCGACUAAUAAGGCAAGUCACCAAGACUGUUUCAAAUGAAAUCAGUCAUAACUGAAUUGUGCAAUCAUACAGGCUUCAUAAUUAUACCUACCUGAAUGUAUUUGCAUUACCCUGAUCGAUGUAAUCCUAUUUAGUUUGUUUUCGUCAAGACGCAUUUAGAAUGAAGAUGUUGCCUAUACACGCAGGUGCGGGCCACACAUUUGCAUUAGAAAAGUCAUAGGCCUAUAAUGUCAAUAUUUGUACUUACAAGAUUGCAAAUCGAUUUAACUUAUAUUCAUUUUUAUCAGCUAUAUAGGCCUGGAUCUAUAUAUAUUCAUAAUGCACUCACUCGUUCGUAAAGUAUGUAUCAUAUUAAUACUCUGGAUGAAAUAAGCUUUUAAUUUUACGAUUACUAUAUGUCAUGUGUAAUUCUAUUAAAAUAAAAUCGUUGUUACAUUUUCACAGUACUAACUAUUAGAAUUUAAUGUGGAUUUAUUUUUUAGAGAUGGUUAUUUUGAUGUAAAUUCUCCACUUAUUGUACAGUCCAUCAACUUUACUUAAAUCAUGGUGUUUAAUGUUUGAAUGUCUAUAUUAGUUUCUUUGUAAGGCGUUCUGCGUCGUCUGUUAUUUAUUUCAAUUGAAUGCACAUAUUAAUUUAUUGACGAAUAAAGUUACUCAAAAUUGUAAAAUGACAUAAGGUUUCC